CCCCUCCUACAUUCCAAACACAUAACUAUAAAAAUUGAUAAAAUUUCAUUUAUUUCCAUUCAUAUUGCGUGCAUCAACCAAAAUCUCUGAACUCCGAACCAAAAACAGCACCGUUCUCACAAAAACACCAUAGCCAACAGGAUCUUCCUCUGUUUCUUCAUUUUCUGAUCUAACCAAUCAAACGGGAAUAAAACCAUCCACGUGUCAUCUAUCACCUGAUUCAUGUCUCCUUAACCAUCGAAAACAAACGAAUCCUCUUCCAUUUUCAUGAUCCAAGACACGUUAAAAUCUUAAACUAAUCAGAAGCUCCGGUUCGAAAUGAAGGUUUUCUUGGUUCGUUACUGAACCGAACCGGUUUUGGUUUUUUUUUUAUUUAGAUUUUGUUGUUAUUAGCGGCGGUGAUGAGAGGGAGCUGUUGGUUGAACCGUCGGAUUGAACAGAGGUUUCGGUUACUUGCGAUCUCCACCGUUAAAUCAGCCAAGAUCAAGCUUCUGUUAUUUUGUUGCGUCGCGUUAACGCUUCUCGCGUUUUCUUCUACUGGUUCAAGUUUCUUAUUAUGGAAUAAUACUAAUCAAACCCCUCAAAUUCCGAGUUUCACUGAUUCAAGGAAAGGAUAUUCUAUUGUAAUGAACACGUGGAAGAGAUAUGAUCUCUUAAAGCAGUCUAUCAAACAUUAUUCAUCUUGUCCUCGACUUGAAUCAGUACAUAUUGUGUGGAGUGAACCCAAUCCUCCUUCAGAAAGUCUUCUAAAAUAUCUGCACCAUGUUGUAAAGUCCAAGUCUAGAGACGGACGAUAUGUAAAGUUGAGGUUUGAUAUCAACACGGAAGACAGUUUGAACAAUAGAUUUAAAGAAAUUAAGGAUUUGGAGACUGAUGCUGUCUUUUCUAUUGACGAUGAUGUCAUAUUUCCUUGCUCUUCGGUGGAAUUCGCAUUUGAUGUUUGGCAAAGUGCACCUGAUGCAAUGGUGGGAUUUGUACCUCGUGUCCAUUGGGUAGAUUCAUUGAAUGGCGACAGCAACAAAUUUAGAUAUGGUGGAUGGUGGUCUGUGUGGUGGACGGGUACAUAUAGUAUGGUGCUCUCCAAGGCAGCAUUCUUUCACAAAAAGUAUUUCAGUCUCUACACAAAUGAGAUGCCAUCAUCAAUUAGAGAAUUUGUAACUAAGAACAGGAAUUGUGAAGAUAUUGCAAUGUCUUUUCUUGUCGCGAAUGCAACCGGUGCACCCCCGUUAUGGGUUAAAGGUAAAAUAUAUGAGAUUGGAUCAACUGGAAUUAGUAGUUUGGGAGGUCAUAGUGAACGGAGAUCAGACUGUGUCAACAUAUUUACUUCUGUGUAUGGGCGGAUGCCCUUAGUAUAUACCUCAGUGAAAGCCGUUGAUAGUCGCAAUGUCUGGUUUUGGUGAUUGGUAGAUUGUAAUUUUCGUUGCAUUUUUAGAUAUUCCACUGUUGUCAAUUAUUGUUUAGUAGCUAGUUUUUUUUUUACUCUGUUUAGUUGCUAGUUGAGUUACCACGUUCACGUUAGUCAUUUAUAGCUGUAUGAUAUUAAAUUUUAUACACAAUUCUUGCUUUUUUACUCUGUUUAGCAAGUUCCUUAGGUUGAUUUCUUGUAAUAUUGAAUUGUAAUGAAAGGCAGCAUCCUCUGUAAGGGUGCUUUUUGUCUCAGAGAAUAAGGAUUUGAUUGUAGAAUAUUGAAAUUGAAGGAUAUUAAAAUUUUAGUAA